AACCGAAUUAAGAAGAAGAAGAAAAGCUACGACGAAGAAGUGUCAUCCUUCAGCUGUUGUGGUGGUGGAGUUGAGGAAGGUUUUCCCAGAGGAUAUUGAGUAUGGCUACCGUGGAGCAGAUCACAGCAAUAGGACGGGUUCUGGUGGAUCCAGGUUUGGAUUUGUCCCAGCGCUUCAGAGCUUUAUUCACUUUGAGAAACCUUGGAGGUGCUGAAGCUGUAGAAUGGAUCAGCAAGGCUUUCAGUGAUGACUCUGCUUUACUGAAGCACGAGUUGGCCUACUGCCUGGGACAGAUGCAGGACAGAAGAGCCAUUCCUGUUUUAAUUGAUGUUCUCAAGGACAGGAGUCAGGAACCAAUGGUCAGACACGAAGCAGGAGAGGCUUUGGGAGCGAUUGGUGACUUGGUGGUUCUGAAUCUACUGAAAGAGUACUGCCAUGAUCCUUUCAUAGAGGUUGCAGAGACAUGUCAGCUGGCUGUUUGUCGGCUCGAGUGGUUACAGAGCGAUGGAAAGUCUGAGCUGGAGGAUGGCAAGACGGAUAAAAACCCCUACUGUUCUGUAGACCCGGCCCCUCCAGCCCCAAGGAGGACUGUACCAGAGCUGCGCUUAGCUCUGCUGGAUGAAAGUCUGCCACUGUUUGAACGUUACCGUGCCAUGUUUGCCCUGAGGAACCUGGGCACGGAGGAGGCCGUGCUGGCUCUGGGAGAUGGCCUGCAGAGCUCCAGCGCUCUGUUCCGUCAUGAGAUUGGCUACGUCCUGGGUCAGAUGCAGCACCCGGCGGCGGUACCGGCCCUUCGGGCAGCUCUGGAGUGUUCAGAAGAGAACCCUAUGGUGCGCCACGAAGCGGCAGAGGCUUUGGGCUCCAUUGGAAAAGAGGAAUGUCUGAGUGUGUUGCAGAGUUACUGUAAAGAUGAAGAGCGUGUGGUCAAAGAAAGCUGCGAGGUGGCCCUGGACAUGCUGGAGUAUGAGAACAGUGAGCAGUUCCAGUAUGCAGAUGGCCUGCUCUGUCUGAAGGGACAACUCUAACAGGACCUGGUUGUGUGGGGAGUCCUACAUGUGCAAACAGCAUGUUAAUAAAAGGAACUGUGGGACGAUGCAAAUCUUUUCAGCAUGUGUGGACCUGUGUCGGCUUUAGAAUGAUUAGAUGUUCCAGAGACGACUUGACAAACAAACAUUCAGACUUUGGAAAUAAAACUGCUAUAAUUGAGAGUAUUUUUAUCACCUGCCACUGAAAGGUUAAGACAGACAGAAAUGUUUGUAGCCAUGUGUGCAUUUGUGUUUAUUGAAACGCUGGAUGGAUCUUAAUGUUACUUUGAGAGAAGUGACGGUAAUGAAAUGAGAAACUCACAAACUUUAUUCUAGCGAAUGUUACGGUUAUUAUUAAAGGACACGGUGUUCCUGUAUCUUUUCUUUUCGCAGCAGCGCUCCGUGAAGUAACAACUGAACACGUGUAAACCUGAAAAUCCAACUGUGGUCAGUGCAUGGACCUUUACUGAUGUUUUUCAAGUGACUUGAGUCUGAACGGCCGUGAUGCGUUUCAUCCAGAUGUUGCAUCAGUAAAGUAGGGGUGAGCAGAUUGAGCUAAUUAAUAGUAUUAUACCAAUUUUAUGCAGUUUUAAAUCUUGGAACCACAUGCCUUCAGCCAGCUAGAGCAUUUUUUUAAGUCACCCCUUGUGAGUUCUGUUUAUUUGUCAGAAUGUUUCCACUACAUUAACAAAACUAUAGUAUUAUAAAUGUUUCAUGAAAUUACCACGGCACUGCGAGUGGCAGAGUUACAA